AUGAGCACACCUCGGGACAAGGUACAUGCUGUUACCACGGCCUCCGCCGCCCCCCGUCGCCGCCAUGCCUUCAUGGCCUGCGAUGCCUGCCGCAACCAGAAACUGCGCUGCGAAGGCGGCUCACCCUGCAACCGCUGCGCACGACUCCAGCGACCGUGUGUCUAUCGUACCAGCGCGAGGCGCCGGCUCCCCAGACCUGAAUCAUGGUCUGCUCCAGCAGGUCGGCCUGCAAACACAGGAACUUGUCUGCAGAUUGGCUUCACGUACCUCACUACCCCAGUUGAUCCUUCCGAUAAGUUAAUACGAUGCAUCCUGCGGCGCGUGCAGGUCUCGCAGAGAAAUAGUGGUCUUCACCACGUGGUGUUUGGCCCGACAUCCAAUGUAUCGUUUCUGCGAUAUCUGCUGAUGGUGAUGCUGUGGGGCGAUGUGAUGGUGGAGGAGGAGGACGAGGUUCUGAAUCCCCCGCGAGACCAUGCGCUAGUCGUGGACGGAGACGAUAGCGUCGAUUUCUUUCAUUACCGGCCGUUGCUGGAAUCGCUGUGGUCGUCGGAUAUAUGGUCGGAAUUGGCGGUAUCGCCGCCCACCGCGCUGGGGAGUAUUCAGUUAGACAUCCUGGACAGUUUCCUCGUGGUGUACACGGCUACGGCGUAUACACAGCUGCCCGUGCAGCCGACGGCUUCAUUCUACACCUGGCUGCGGGACGCCAGCCAGGUACCGAUGGGGAAUUACGUCCAGUACUAUUUACACCGGGAAUAUACGGAAGACGCAUAUGCUCUGCUCGGAACCAUGGCCUCCCAGAUUCACACUGCUGGCCUGCUAUUGAACUGCGCAGAUGACGUUGAGCAAAAGCUGUUACUAGGGUUCUAUUCCAUCCAGAGCUAUACCUGCAUGGUCCUGGGACGACCGGCUAUUCUUCUGCUCGAUGCGGUUCAAGUCCCGGAGUUCCAGAGUCUAUCCGCGCUGGAUACGAUGCGCACUGUCAGUCUCAUUUUCACGCAAAUCCAACACCUGCACAGUAUGCGAGAUCUCACGGUAGACACAUUCUGGGCCGGAGCGGCGGGGGUUCGCCAACUCCUUGAAGAGUUUCGGAACGGAAUUCUGCCUGAACCACCCAAGCCAAUUGUCGAUGAUGACAAGGAAGAUAAUGGCAGGAUUGGACAUCCACUCGAAGUCUGUCAGUGA